UAUCAAAUAAUCCAACAUGAAGUUCUCGGCUUUUCUCAUGGUGGUGAUGGCAGUCCUCGCAAUGCUCUUCGGCGCUGGUCACGGUAAUCCUGAGCCGAAGGUGCCAGUCAGGCAAAUUGGCAAAGCUGUGAAAACUGGAUUUGGAAUAGCUAGCGCAGCAGGCACUGCCCGUGACGUUUACGACCGCAUCAGAAACCGAGGAUAAAUAUUUUCAAAUAAAA